CAUUUCAAGCCCCCACUCAGUGAGACGUUCGUGUCUCUCCUUUCGCUUUCAGCAGUCAGUGAGCACUGAGCAGUGGUCAGUCAGUCUCGUUUUUCGUGUUUCCGACUUCGUCAAGCCGGCCGGACGCAUCCGCUCUGACUUGGAAGCGUGGUGGAACAAAAACAAAACACAACAACCUGUGGCCUUUAGUGAAACAUGUGAUAAGUUUUAGUGUUAAAGAAAAAAAAUCUUUCGAUUGUUGACAGUAAAACAUUUCCGUGUCUUGUGCAUCCUUUGAGUUUUUGUUUUGACCGAGGAUGGACUGCCAGAUGGAUCAGGUUUUCGCCCGUCGGCUCCUGCACCAGCAGUCGAAAAUAAAGGAGGUGUACGUCGGGAAAAAGGGGUUUCAGUUGGAAAAUUCGGAAAACGAACUCGGAGCCCAGGUCCAGUUCCAGUUGCCCAAGCCGAUUUUCCACUCGACGCCGGCCAGAGGCGGAUUCUCGAAAACACUCUUGGAAAACAACGCAAGGACGAAGAGGUCGAGAACAGCAGACAGAUAUAUACCAAAGAGGUUGUGUUCAAACUGGCAAUCGAGAUUCUCCCUUGAGAACGAUUCGGACGAGGAGAAGGAUGAAAAUUCCAAUAAAGAAAAGACAACAGUAAACAUGUCUACUCUGGAGAGUGGGCGAGUAUACUCGAGUCUUCUUAAAAAUGAAAUCCUCGACUCGAGCAUCGGAAGUUUGAAUAACACAUCAGGAGAAUCGAAACUCUUCCAUUACUCGCCAAAUAAUAGAUCAAAGGAAAAUUGUUUAUCUCACACACUGUCUCCAAUUGGUGCCAGCAGUCAGCGGCUUUUGUCCUCUCCUAAAUUUGAAAAUGCCAAAAUAGCAACUGUUCCUUUUAAGGUUUUGGAUGCACCCAAUUUACAAGAUGAUUUCUAUCUAAAUCUAAUUGACUGGUCCUCACAAAAUAUUUUAUCAGUCGGUCUCGGCAAUAGCGUUUAUUUUUGGUCAGCAGUAUCAAGCCAAAUAACAGGUCUCUGUGAGCUCUCUGAACAUGGCAAUUCAGUUACGUCUGUCUCUUGGAAUCCAUUUGGCACUCAUCUGGCAAUUGGUACAAAUCACGGUUCGGUGCUUAUAUGGGACGUUGUAAGUGGUAAACAAAUCGACAGGCUGACAGGACAUUGUGGAAGGGUCGGAACUCUCUCUUGGAACACAGGGAAUUUCCUCACGUCUGGCGGCAGGGACAGAAGCAUAAUUCAGAGGGAUUUGAGGGCGAGGCCGAGUUCUAGGAAUGAAAGACGCCUUUGUGGACACAGGCAAGAGGUUUGCGGUUUGAAAUGGUCUACUGACGGUCAGCUCCUGGCCUCAGGAGGAAAUGACAACAAACUUCUCGUCUGGGGCCUUCACUCGAAUGAACCACUAUUUACCUUCUAUGAACAUACAAGUGCAGUCAAGGCGAUUUCUUGGUCACCGCAUAACCACGGCCUUCUGGCGACUGGCGGUGGCUCUGCAGACAGGACGAUUCGUUUUUGGAACAUGAUUACCGGGCAGAGCCUUCAUUUCGUUGAUACAGGGUCUCAAGUUUGCAACUUGGCCUGGUCGAAACAUUCAUCCCAACUAGUCAGCACUCACGGUUAUUCUCAGAAUCAAAUCCUUCUAUGGAAUUACCCUUCUAUGACCCAAGUGGUAAAAUUAACUGGCCAUUCUCUCAGGGUACUUUACCUCGCCCUCUCCCCCGACGGAGAAACAAUUGUUACCGGUGCUGGAGAUGAAACACUUCGGUUUUGGAAUAUAUUUUCAAAAACGCCAUCCCGCCAACGGCCUCCUUCCCAAGUCAUGCUUUACACAAAUAUCCGUUAAUAUAUAAGAUAUACAAUCAAUUUGUUAUACAAAUAAAGUAUAUAUUUUUUACCAAAUUUAUAUUUUAAUAGUUAAAUGUAAGCAGUGUACUGUUAAGUUUAAUAUUUAGGGUACCAUGUUUUUAAAAACAAUUUUAUAGAUUAGCCUUUUUUAAUUCAAAUACAAAAUAAUCUGCAUAUUUUUGGGGAGGGGGAAGGUUAUUAAAUGUGUUUGAGAAAAAAAAUUAAAUUCUAAAUUUUCUUUCAAUUCUGAACGAAAUAAAUUGUUGUAAGUAUUCGGAAUCAAAUUUGUUCAAAGGAGUAAACAUCGUGCCAUUUAAUGAAAUUAAAAUUCAGCUUUUGUCAAAUUGUAAGCUUAAUUUAAUUGAAAAUGUUUUCUUUUAAUGAAAAAAAAAAAAAAAAAAAA